CGGCGACUACUGCUACUUUGCAAGGCAUUGAGCUUUAACUCAGUCUUAAGAGACACACAAACAGAGACAAACAGUUUGCAGCAUAUUGAUUCAGCAGUUUAAACAGGAGCCAUCGCUGGCACAGCAGAGAUCCAGCAGACGGGGAGGAGAGGGAGGGACCUGAAGAGGAGCACCCGAACCGACUGUCGACAGCCCUGGCUGGCAGCAUGGGUGAAGAGGGGCCUCCCAGUCUGGAGUACAUCAAGGCCAAAGACCUGUUCCCCCAGAAGGAGCUGGUGAAGGAGGAUGAAAGCCUUCAGGUGCCAUUCCCAGUUCUUCAGGGGGAAGGGGUGGAAUAUCUUGGCCGUGCCGAUGAAGCCAUCAUUGCCAUAUCUAACUACAGGCUCCACAUCAAGUUCAAAGACUCUGUCAUCAAUGUGCCUCUCAGGCUGAUUGAGAAUGUGGAGAGCAGAGAUAUGUUCCAGCUGCACAUCAUCUGCAAAGACUCCAAAGUUGUCAGAUGCCACUUUGCAACGUUCAAGCAGUGCCAGGAGUGGGUCAAACGUCUGACCCGGGCCAUCGCUCACCCUGCCCGACUGGAGGACCUGUUCGCCCUGGCCUAUCACGCGUGGUGCCUCGGAGGCUGCGCCGAUGACGAGGACCAGCACGUUCAUCUCUGUCGCCCAGGUGAUCACGUGCGUCAGAGGAUGGAAAUAGAGGUGAAGAGGAUGGGCUUCGACACGCAGAACGUCUGGAGAGUGUCAGACAUUAACUGCAACUUCAAGCUGUGCUCCAGCUACCCACAGAAGCUUCUGGUUCCAAUAUGGAUCACUGACAAGGAGCUGGAGAGUGUAGCUUCCUUCAGAUCCUGGAAGAGGAUCCCUGUGGUGGUCUACAGACACCAGAGGAACGGGGUGGUGAUCGCCCGCUGCAGCCAGCCAGAGAUCAGCUGGUGGGGCUGGAGGAACACUGAUGACGAAUACCUGGUGACGUCAAUCGCCAAGGCCUGUCAGAUGGACGCAGGAGCCAAGGGUACCUGCGGUGCUCCAGCCUGCCGACAACGCGGGGAAGCUCCCGACUCCUCCGAUAGUGAUUUUGACUCAUCUCUGACGGGCGGCUCUGGCUGCGAUGACAACACUGUGCCACAGAAGCUGCUUAUACUGGAUGCUCGCUCAUACACCGCUGCAGUGGCAAACCGAGCCAAGGGCGGAGGCUGUGAAUGUGAAGAGUACUACCCUAACUGUGAGGUGAUGUUCAUGGGAAUGGCCAACAUCCAUGCCAUAAGGAACAGCUUCCAGGCUCUGAGGACUGUCUGCAGUCAAAUCCCGGAUCCGGGAAACUGGCUCUCAGCUCUCGAGAGCACCCGCUGGCUGCAGCACCUGUCCGUCAUGCUGAAGGCAGCCACUCUGGUGUGUUCAGCGGUGGAGAGGGAAGGCCGUCCUGUCCUGGUGCACUGUUCGGACGGGUGGGACCGCACACCCCAGAUCGUAGCCCUCGCCAAAGUCCUGCUGGACCCCUACUACAGAACAUUAGAGGGUUUCCAGGUGCUUGUAGAGACUGAGUGGUUGGACUACGGUCAUAAAUUCGGGGACCGCUGCGGCCACCAGGAGAACGCUGACGACGUGAGCGAGCAGUGUCCUGUCUUCCUGCAGUGGUUGGACUGUGUUCACCAGCUGCUUAAACAGUUCCCCUGCCUGUUUGAGUUCAACGAGGCCUUCCUGGUCAAGUUGGUGCAGCAUACGUACUCGUGUCUCUACGGCACGUUCCUGUGUAACAACGCUCGCGAGAGGGAGUCGAGGAACAUCUACAAACGCACAUGCUCCGUCUGGUCGCUGCUUCGUGCCGGAAACAAGAACUUCCAGAACUUCCUCUACAUCCCCAGUCAUGAUAUGGUGCUGCAGCCAGUCUGCCACACACGGGCAUUACAGCUGUGGACAGCUGUCUACCUGCCCACUUCCUCGCCCUGCACCGCUGUGGACGAUUCUAUGGAGCUCUACCUCCCCCCAAAUGUCACAGGAGACGAACUCACCUCCCGUUCUCUGGACAGACUUCCCAAGACCCGCUCCAUGGACAACCUGCUUUCAGCUAUUGAGAACGGAGUGCCCCUGACACGCACAUCCAGCGACCCCAAUCUCAAUAAGCACUGCCAGGAGGGUCGCUCUGCCCUGGAGCCCGCACCAGCCGCAGAAGGACCAUCUGUGGACAUCUCUGACGAGGUCCCACCUGACACUGGACUGGACAGCAGCGAUGGGGAACCUUUACAUUCGAGUCCGGCCAAGACUCCAGAAGGUGACCCAGAUGCAGAGACAUGUGAAGACACACUAGAAGAGCCCUGUCUCACCACUCAGCCCCUGCCCUCUCUACCCCUUCCCCCUGUCCCUCUCAGUAAUGACAUUGCACUCGCUCACACUCCCUUCCCCACUCCUGUCAUCCAACAAGCUUGGCCUCAGAUCGCCAAGCCUCCGCUCCCGCCUCCUCCUCCAGAGGCCGAGAGCCCCUGUAGGACUGCUGAGAGCACCACGUCGCCCUCUCAUAAAUCAGAGCCGUGCUUACCUCUCCCCUGCAACGGCACGCAGCAGGCAGCCGCCGCACCCACCGCACUGCUUAACGGCCACAUCGACAGCCAAACGAACGGCCUCCCACAAUCUGCAGACCUGCUGGCUAUGAAGCAGCUAAUGCCUCUGCUUCCAAUGGAGGACUCCACAGAGACUCUCACAGGUGAAGGCGAGCUUCCCCCGGCCCUGCCUCCCAAAGAGAGCAAGGGUCUCACCCAGAACAACGUCAGUGAUGAGGAGCAGCCUGAACCGCAGCCUCAAGUUCAGUCCCAAAAGGAGAAAGAAGACGUGAGGACAGAUAUAGUGAAAGGAAGAGAACGCGCAUUAGCGGUUGCAGCAGCUACCAUAGACUGCACCCAGGUAGCAGCUCGUCACCUGAUCUCCCAGAGCCAGCUCUCUGACCUGUCCUUGUUUGGCUCCCACUGGGAGAGCGUUCAGGGUCUGGUCCAGUCUGCCUGUCACUCUGGCGUCAGCAGGGCCUUGCAGAGCAACACGUACCAGAGCCGCCGGCUUGCCAGUAAACUGCUCCGUGCCCAGGGCUUCGCCAUCGCCAACGGGUCCCAGUGCUGCCGCAGGGAGGCUCUUUGUUGUCCCAGCAGCCCUCUGCAGGGUGGAUGGCUGUCUGCUGCCAGGAGUGCAGGCUACACCGGUCUGAGUGGACCUGCUGUAGCUGCCCUUAACAGCUACUCCCUAGCAGGCCAUCAGCUCCUACCAGUGUCGUACUCCUCACCCUCCGCCUCCAGCUCCCCUCCCCCUCCCCAGGCCCCAGCGUACCUCGAUGAUGACGGGCUGCCGGUGCCCAUGGACGCCGUUCAGCAAAGACUGCGGCAGAUAGAGGCCGGCUACAAGCAGGAGGUGGAGGUGCUGCGGCAGCAGGUGCGACAGUUGCAGAUGAGGCUGGAGAGUAAACAGUACAGCACCCCUCCCUCAGAGCCAGACAUCGACUACGAAGAUGACAUUACGUGUCUGCGGGAGUCAGACAACAGUAAUGAGGAGGACUCUCUGUCGACACACAGCGAGGACCGUCUGUCUGAGGGCAGCUGGGAUCGAGUGGAGCGCAAGGACACAGAGGUCACAAGGUGGGUGCCGGAUCACAUGGCCUCCCAUUGUUUCAACUGUGACUGUGAGUUCUGGAUAGCCAAGAGACGUCACCACUGCAGGAACUGUGGCAAUGUGUUCUGUAAAGACUGUUGUCAUCUGAAGCUGCCCAUCCCAGACCAGCAGCUUUACGACCCGGUGUUGGUCUGCAACACCUGCCACGACCUGCUCCUGGAGGCCCGCACCCGCGACAUCCGCAGCCAGCAGCUCAAGAAGGCCAUCGCCACAGCCUCCAGCUGAGAGAAGCGUCCUCUAGCGUGGCCCGCCUCGGCUCUGUCCCGGUCGUUUUGGACUGAUGAGCUGAGCGCCCCGUCGUCACCCCCAACCUGUUGUGGGUUUUUGGCUGUGGGAGUGGGGGAGGGAGGGAGGGUGAAGGACGAGGAGGAAUUGUUGCUGUUUGGGAGGCUCGGUUUGGAAGCGGAGAUGCACUGUGAGGCUGUCUUGAGCGGGGGGGAGAAGAGGAGAAGGGGGGAGAGUCUGCAAGGUGGGAGACUGGAGAUGGAGACGUGGCAGCAAGCGAGGGGGGGGUUUCCCUAUAGAAACACACCCCUUCUGUUCAAAGACAUUUUCAAGCCUGGAGCGCCACGGCGACCCGCCGCCUCCAUACGGCUCUCCUCUAGUGGCGUCCUGUCCGAGACACAUCUCAAAACCUGUCCGCCCCCAGCAGAGUCACACACACCUUUUAGUACCAAACACCUGCACCCUCCAUAUAGACACUGUCUCGCACUUCAGAGGACAAUCGCUCACCCUUCCACGUGUCGGGAGACUCCAAAGCCUUUACCUGUACUACUGGAGGCUUUCAACUUUAAAAGAAAAGAAUUGCUGCUACAGUAUUUAAAAGUCUAAUUUUGUAUUCUUAUUUUGUGCACUACUAGCUGUUGUGUAUUUGAGGGAAUUUGAGACCAAACUUGAGCAAAAGGGAGAAAAUCUGCUGUUUACUUUGCCAUCGCAUCUAUUUUUUCUUGGAGCCUGAAUGUAAUAUGUAAUGGGUAACUGGAUUGAGUUUAUGUUAAUGUGCAUUCGGUGGGUCGUAUAUGUGUUCAUUGCUGCAAUGUGUUUUCAGAGUUAUGUAUAUGCACAGUCAAUGUGGUUCUGUCUUUUAUCAAUGCUUUCUCUCCAGUAUAACAACAUUUUUGAGGGACGUACGGACAGAUCGACGCAGGGCUGUGCUGUCGUACGUUUUUAACAGAACGUGCGGCUCGGGAUGUUAAGAGAAGGAGAACCGCUGAAUGACGGAAGACGGCAGGCUUCUGUAAAAGUCUUCUUAUGAUUGGAGAAAAAAAAGCGAACGUACUGUGGGUGUUUUCCGUGAAGUGACGAGGGAAGUUUUUUUUCUACUGAGAUGUUUGUGAAUGAAUGGAUUAAUGUCCACGUAAAGCUUGACGUCCAUCUGACUGAUGACUCCUCCUCAGAUUGUUAACCGGCAGUAACGACUGCUCGGGGGAAAGACUGAACAAAGUGCUCGGAGUUUCUUCUUCUGUUUUAGGGGGGAUUUCGGCCACAGUCCCCUUUAAAAAAAAAUAAAUAAAAUGUGUUUGUGUCUACUGGUUGUUCCUUGACAAUAGUGCCAUAUUUUGUUUGUUCUUUUGUCUAUUUUUAAAGCCUUUUUUUCUCUCUAAUGGAUGGCAGCAGGUUUCUAAUUGGCCACCUCUCUGUAUGUUUUAAUGGUACAGAUAGUUAGAGGCUUAAUAACACUGAGACGACUAAAGAUUAACAGAUGGUUCAGUUUGAUAAUGAGGCUAACCAGUUCAACGGAUGAUUGGAUGUCACUGAAUUAGUUAACCUGUGUGGUUAUCCAUGUCUAAUAAUUGGGAUUUUUAUUCACACGGUGUUCAUGAAGUCAAAAUCUCUAAGAGGAACUCAGAAAUGUAACAUACAUAGUGAUCUGAUCUGUAGUGGUGGCUAAAAAUCUGUCACUUAAUGAAUAAUUGUUGUAAAGAAAUGCACUGUAAAAGUUAAAUCCCAUGGGUUAAAAUAAAAGAUUAUAUCAUG